AUUUACAAAAAAAACCUUCCGCUUCCGGGUGCUUACAUUUCUCUGCCAUAUUCCGCUCCAGUCUUUUCCCUUCCCAGCUGUGUGUAUGCUGCGUUACCCCGGGGGAUGGUCUGCCAUCUGACGUGAACAAGUUAACCACAUUCAAAACGGGCAAAGUUGGCGAUUUCAUAAAGAACGGUAAAACAAACAGUGAGCAAAAAUGACGACGCGAUCGGAGAGAGAAAAGGCCCAGAAACUCAAUGAACAGCAUCAGGCCAUACUGUCCAAAAUGCUAAGGGAGGACGACAACAAAUACUGCGCCGAUUGUGAGGCUAAAGGACCACGAUGGGCCUCCUGGAACCUGGGCGUGUUCAUCUGCAUCCGAUGCGCCGGCAUCCACCGGAACCUGGGCGUGCACAUAUCCCGCGUCAAGUCCGUCAAUCUGGACCAGUGGACCCCAGAGCAGAUGCAGAGUGUACAGGACAUGGGGAACACCAGGGCCAGGCAGCUGUACGAAGCCCAUCUGCCAGAGAACUUCAGACGGCCACAGACAGACCAAGCCGUGGAGUUCUUCAUCAGGGACAAGUACGAGAAGAAGAAAUACUACGACAAGAACGCCAUCAACGGAUCCAUUAAGGCCCCUGAUGUGGCUCAGUCUUCCUCCUCCUCCUCUCCCUCCUCACAGGCAUCUGAGAAAAACAAGUUGGAGAAGGAAAGGGAGAAGAAGAAGGACGAGAGGAAGAGGGAAAAGGACACAGACAAAAGCACCAAGCCCUCGCCUCUGGAGAAGAAGCGCGAGGACGUGCAGUCAGACUCCAAGCCGAGCCCCAGGAAGAACGCCGAGCCCUCCGUCGACCUACUGGGCCUGGAUGCCCCAGCGGCGGGGGCAGCAGGCAGUGCUGUAGGGGCAGGAGGCAGCGCUCCCAUCAGUGACGACCUGGACAUCUUUGGGCCCAUGGUGUCUAACCCUCUGCCCUCCAGCGCCAGCACAAACCAGGCCAGUUCCAGUAAAGCUCCAGGGGUCCCUGCGGCGGCAGUGGCCGCUCCCGGUGCACCGUCUGGGGCCGUGGUGGAGGCGGCGCCGACCUCCUCCUCCCAGGGCGAGCUGGAUCUCUUCAGCGAGGGCGGAGGCGGUAAGGCUGAGGAGAAUGCCAAGAAGCCCCUCAGCAAGGACUCCAUCCUCUCCCUGUACGGCUCCAGCACUGUGCCCCAACAGCCCACACAAGGUGACUCUCUCACUCUCUCUCCGUCUCAGAUGCAGUUCCCCACACAGCCGCCCGCCAACUUCCAGGCCUUCCCGGGCAUGGGCGGCGCCAUGCCCCCCACCACCAUGAUGGGCGCCGUGAUGGGCCAGGGGGCCGCCCCGGCCGCCAUGAUGGGCCAGAACGCCACCGGCAUGAUGGUGGGCAUGACCAUGCCCAACGGCUUCAUGGGCGGCGCCCAGGCCGCUGGCGUGAUGGGGCUGGCGCCGGGCAUGAUUGGAGCGCAGCAGGGCGCCAUGCCGGCGGGCGUGGUGCCACCCCAGAACAUGUACGCCAUGCAGCCCGGUCAGCAGCCCCAGUGGAACAUGGCACAGAUGAACCAGCAGAUGACCGGCAUGAGCCUGAACGGCUCCGGAGCGCCCAUGUCGUUCGCCCAGCCCGGGGCCCCCAUGGGCGGCUGGGUGGGACCCCCCUCCGGCCAGACCCUCAGCACCCAGCUCUGGAAGUGAGCACACAGGCAAGGGAUGGAGGGAGAAAGAGACCGAAGAGAAGAGAAGAGAACUGAAGAGCGAGGGGGAGGAUAGAGAGAGAGAGAGGAAAAGCAGAAGAGGCCGUACGGACACACUCCUCCCUCCUCCUCCUCCUCUUCAUCUGUCCAUCUUUUUCUUCAUCUCGGCGAGUGUUGUAUCCAUGUACUGUUAUAUUUCCCCUACUUUCCAACCAUUACUACUCUGGAGAAUAUCAACUCUACCUGCUCAACCCUGUGUAUGUAUGGAGUGGUUAGAGUGUACAGGUAUAACGCAGACUGGCAGCUUUUUGUCCGUCUUAUUUGCGAAAUAGUUUUUUUUUUCUUCUUCUACUCUUUUUUUCUUUUGUUUUUUUUUUGUUAAAGGAAAACAUAUCAGCGAAGAGAAGAACAAAAAAGCUGCUGGACCAAUUAUACAAGCAUCUAAUAUAUCAUUACCAAAAUCGAUAGUGAGUAAAUAGUAUUUAAAUGGCUGAGACUUGGCUAUCAUGUUUGUGAAACGCGACUCCUUUCCGCUGCCCGUUCUCCUCCUAUGCCCUUGUGUAUACAGCUCUCCCCUUCCAUGGUCCUGUAGCAGGUAUCGUAUGAGCCGAUGUUCUGUAUGUAAUUAUUAUACGGUAGAGAUCAGACCCCUCCAGACAUCCCCUAUCAGCGCUCCACCCAGAUCCAUCAACAUCCCCACCCCCCACCCAACCUCCACACAACCUCCACCCAAUGUGGCUCCAGCUCCCAAAACAAAAGCCCUCCUCAUAACUGUGGUGUUUUAUUAUGUGCAUUACAGAGAAGCACAGCUAGCAAGAGGCUAAUAAACCUGGACGACUCCACGAGACAGACAGCAGUCACACACACGUUAAAUUAACAUUUCAAGUAAAUAAUAAAUAAAUAAGGAUUCUUUUGAGGAUGAUGAGGUUUCAAACGAGUUGGGGGGGGGGUGGUGAGGUAAGGACUGGUUGUUAUGACGAGUAGAUGGGCUAGGAAAAUGUAUGUGAUGGAAGGAAAGAUAUUUGAACAGAAAAUAAAUAAAUAAAUAAAUAAACAAACAAACUGGAAUUGAAUUCAAGAAAUGGCAACACACACACACACACACACACAGGCUGACAAACACAAGAGUCUAGAUGGCGGUAGCAGAGCUCACAGUCCACACAGACAGACAGGGUCACUCUGCGGUGCAAUAAUGUGAGAACACAUACACCACACACACACACACAGAAACACACUGUCGUCCUCCAGGUUUAUCUCUAUAAUGUGUUUACAUUUUCUGGUGCCUAGUACAGAGAAAAAAAAUGGUAUUUCCGUGCAUUAAACAGUGAAUAGCCAUGAACUAUAGUGUGAUCAUUUUGUCUGAAGAUUUAUUGUAAAGUUUUGUUUCUUUCUUUUCUUUUAAUUUGUUUUCCUUUUUCUUCUGGCUUUUAAGAGGGUCGUUUGGAAUAAAGACAGUUGUACUCCU